AUGGCUCCAGAAUAUGCUAUAGAGGGAUUGUAUUCGGUAAAAUCGGAUGUCUUUAGCUUCGGAGUGCUUUUGCUUGAGAUCAUGACGGGGAGAAGGAACUUUUUAGGCUUUCAUCCAACAAAUCAUGCACCUAUUCUUAUAGGCUAUGCUUGGCAGUUAUGGAACGAAACGAAAGGGUUGGAGUUGAUGGAUCCGUUGUUGAAGGACUCACGCAGUCCAAAUGAAUUUUUGAGAUACAUUCAUAUUGGAUUAUUGUGUGUUCAAGAAGAUGCAAACAAGAGGCCAACUAUGUCAUCGGUUGUUCUAAUGUUAAAAAGUGAAACCAGUAGUCUAUCCAGACCUGAGAAACCAGCCUUCUUUACAGGAAGAUCUACCGAUCACCGUGAUCAAGAAAACGCUCAUCAUUGCUCAGCCAAUGGUUUGACGAUUUCUAAUGACUUGCCCCGUUGA